AUGCGGAGCUUGGACGUGUCCGCCGGGAAGCCGACGGGCACAAGCGAGAUCUCGGGAUCGUUGCAAAUCACGCUCCUGGGAAACAAAAAUCCGCACGCGCACAAAACAACCACCUGGACUUUGUACUCGGACCACCGUAAGACCACGAGCCAUUGACCCUGCAAAGUGUGCCUCUUCUGGAACUAUCUCUGAGGAAAGGCUCAAAGAUGGUGUUUAAGGUCUGAUGGGCUUCUUCCUCAACGCGGUGACCGUGGCCGCUUUCCUGAAGGUGAGGGAGCUGAGGACCCCCAGCAAUUUUCUGGUCUUCAGCCUGGCCAUGGCCGACAUGGGCAUCUCCAUGAACGCCACCGUGGCGGCGUUCUCCAGCUUCCUCAGGUACUGGCCGUACGGCUCCGAGGGAUGCCAGACUCACGGCUUCCAGGGGUUCGUGACGGCUCUCGCCAGCAUCCACUUCAUCGCCGCCAUCGCCUGGGAUCGAUACCACCAGUACUGCACGAGGACGAAACUGCAGUGGAGCAGCGCCAUCACUCUGGUCGUCUUCAUCUGGCUCUUCAGCGCCUUCUGGUCCGCCAUGCCUCUCAUCGGCUGGGGCGAGUACGACUACGAGCCCCUCCGGACGUGCUGCACGCUGGACUACAGCAAAGGCGACAGGAACUACGUCUCCUACUUGAUCCCCAUGAGCGUCUUCAACAUGGCCAUCCAGGUGUUUGUUGUCAUGUCCUCCUACCAGUCCAUUGCGCAGAAAUUCAAGAAGACUGGAAACACCAAGUUCAACCCAAGUACUCCCCUGAAGACCAUGCUGCUGUGCUGGGGCCCCUACGGCCUCCUGGCCUUCUACGCCGCGGUGGAGAACGCCAACCUGGUCUCGCCCAAGCUCAGGAUGAUGGCCCCCAUCCUGGCCAAGACCUCCCCCACCUUCAACGUCUUCCUGUACGCUCUGGGCAACGAGAACUACCGAGGGGGCAUCUGGCAGUUCCUCACCGGGGAGAAGAUCGAAGUGCCUCAAAUUGACAACAAGUCCAAAUAAACUCAGCGCUGCAA